AUGCCCUUAGAGAACGGAGAGGUUCUUUCGCGGUCUAUUCAGCAAGUCGCCAAGGCCUGCAGUGAUGCGCAGAGCUCCAUGAAAGAGCUGGGGACGGGUCGGGACGCCAUCGCCCGUGACAGGCUCCAUCGCAUCCGGCUUCUUGUGGAGCAGUGCAGUAUUCGUGUAGAGGCCAUUCUCAGUGAUACAGAACCUUCUCUCGAGGCGUUGAAGCAGCAGUACAUGCAAAACAAGGCGGCCUUUGAGUUCAUCAAUGCCGAAGCCACGCGUCGGGAGCGGCAGAUCUUUCUGCAGACGGAUCUGGACAGCAUGCAGAAAGGAGACCUCGAUGCUGUGGAGUCGCAGGUGACGUUUUGUGAAGUGCGACCCCUCGACAUGUCGGAGUUCCACACAGAGGAGGCGAUUCAGCGCGAGAAGCUACAGAAUGUGCGCGAGAUCGAGUCCGAUGUGUUGGACCUCAAGGCAACGUACCAGGAGUUUCACUCACUCGUGCAUCAACAGCAGGAGAACCUAGAUCGCAUGACGAACAAUGUGACGGAGUCCCACUCUCUCAUUGAGCGCGGACACGAUCAGAUCCAAGACGCCUCGAGCCGGCAGCGAUCGUUUCGUAAACUUGGCUGCAUUAGCGGCACUGUGGUCACCGUCAUUGUGGUCAUCAUUAUUGUAGUUGUAGCGCUCACAUGGUGA